CUUGUGCUCGACGUCUGAACCAAAGGCAGCCGGAAGGUUCGGCUGCGGGUGAUGGCCGUUCCCUCAGCCUUUCGGAGAGUGCUGGGUUGCUUGUAAAGUGAAUUCGAGGCCAUUCCUCCUGGGUUAGGGUAGUGGAAGCCAAAUUAUGGAGUCCACAAAAAAUGGUGAGAAAUCUAGAAACAGACUACUGGAAUCUUCACUCUGGGCCAUUCUGUAUGCACAGCACCAUCCCAGAUCUCCAGCUGCCCAACAAGCAGCUACCGACGAUUCCUGGAACCGGGCGUUGUAUAGAGAGGCUUCCUGGGAUGGAUGUCACCCGCCUGCUCCUGGCUACCCUGCUGGUCUUCGUGUGCUUCUUCACUAUCUACAGCCACCCACCACCUGAAGAGAAGCCCAAAGAUGACAGCAGCCUGAGGAGCAACUCCUCCAUGAACCUACUGGAUUUCUCUUCUGUAUCUAUUGUGGCUCUGAACAAGAAAUUCAAAAAGAUCAGCAGAAAAGAAGCAGAAAAGAAGAAAUCUUCUAAGAAAGAAGCUUCGGUGAAGAAGGUGGCGCAGCCCAAGCCCCCGCCGCCCACGCCCUGCGUGGCCACCCGCUUCAGCUGCAAGCCGCCAGCGCCGGCCUGCUGCGACCCGUGCGCCUACUGCCACUGCCGCUUCUUCCGCAGCGCCUGCUCCUGCCGCGUGCUCAACCCCUACUGCUGAGCCUGGCCACCGCAGGCGUGGGGCUUCAGGGACGCCAGACGCUGCUCAGGCAGGUGACCGCUGGUCCGAGUGGCUUUCUAGGACCGGGCGCGAGGGGAGCGUCCAGGAGGCGGGACUUCAAGGAGACCUGGCUUGGGCUAAAAUCGAAAUAAAGUAUAUGUAGGCUGCUCAAAGCCGCGUGGCUGUUUCUGUAAAGGACGCGAAACCUCGCGGUCCAGAGCCCCCUCACCGCCAAGUCCCGCGGGCCGCGCACGCGCCACUCUCCUGGGCCCGGGACACCGGGUUGGCCCUGCCCUACAGCUGCAGUCCUGGCGAUCAGUCUCUGGAUCUAGGCGUCGGGGAC